AUGCAACGAUUUGCUGACAACUCCCAGCCCUCGUCAUCCUCCCUUCACGUGCACCCCCUGACCGAAGAAGGUAGCGAGCUUGGUGACCAGAUCAGCGUCAUCAGCUCCGAGAAGCAGAAGAAGGGCGGCGGCCUGACCCACCAGCUCUCCGACGUCAGCCGGUUCGCGAGCAACGGCUGGCAUAGCGAUAUCACCUUUGAGCCGGUCCCCUCGGACUAUGCCAUGCUCAAGAUCCACACGCUGCCGGCCACGGGCGGCGACACCAUGUGGGCGAGCGGCUACGAGAUUUACGAUCGGCUGUCGCCCGCCAUGCAGGUCUUCCUCGAGGGCCUCACGGCGACGCACGAUGCAAAGUUCUUCCUUGACGAGGCUGAGCGUCUGGGAAACCCUAUUCGUCAGGGCAUCCGUGGCUCGCCCCUGAACCAGGGUGCGGGCCUCAUGGCGGUGCACCCUGUCAUUCGCACGAACCCCGUCACUGGGUGGAAGUCGGUCUACGUGAACAGGGGCUUCACAAAGCGCAUCAACGGCGUGACCAAGGACGAGUCGGAUGUUCUGCUGGCGUACAUCUUCAACCUCUUGACGCAAAACCACGACGCCCAGGUGCGCUUCAAGUGGCGCAAGAACGACCUCGCCAUCUGGGACAACAGGAGCACCUGGCACUGCGCGACGUACGACUACGACGAGGCCCGAGCCGGCGACCGCGUGUGCUCUCUGGGCGAGGCCCCGUACCUAGAUGCCUCGAGCAAGGGGCGGAGGGAAGCAUUGGGCCUCUGA